UCUUUCUCUCUGUCGACAAACAUAACAUUAACUCUCUUUCUCUUUCUAUUAUUUACUAUUUAUUCUCAUUGUGUUUUAUAUCUCCCUUAGUUCACCAUCUUCAUGUAGAUUAAAUUUAAUUGUGAAACAGAUAAUCACAUAUUGAGAUAAUCACUUAGUGUUAAUCCUUUUCUUCAAAAUUGGAUAAAAACAUCAACACAUUUGGAGUAAAAUCCAAAAGCCAAAUCCAAAUUGUGAUCACAAGGAAAAAGACAACUAAUCAACUCUAUGAUUAAUCAGUAAUCAUUUUAAUCACAAAUUCAUCAUCAUCUUAACCUUAAUCAUCUCCAUCAUCAAGUCCACAGUUCCGAUGAGUCGAAAUCCGAGUAAAAAUAAGCUUAACCUUAAACUUCCUCCUGGAUCAAUAGAUUCAGGUGAUUCCAGUCAGGACCAAAAUGAGAAACCAUUGGACACUAGUAUUGAAGCUCUUCACAAGACACUUGAAGGCCUUGAUUUAGAUGAUCAACAAAGGCAACGAUUGGAAACCUUUUUAACCCAAAAGCAAAAGGUUGGUGAGCUUACGGGAGAAGAUUUUGAAUAUCUUGGUGAAUUAGGUGCUGGUAAUGGAGGUGUUGUUACCAAAGUUCUACAUCGACCAUCCGGUCUUAUUAUGGCUCGAAAGCUCAUUCAUCUUGAAGUUAAACCUGCCAUUCGCAAUCAAAUCAUUCGAGAAUUAAAAGUUCUUCAUGAAUGUAAUUCCCCUCAUAUUGUUGGAUUUUAUGGUGCAUUUUACAGUGAUGGGGAGAUUAAUAUUUGCAUGGAGUAUAUGGAUGGUGCUUCCCUUGAUUUGGUUCUCAAAAAAGCUGGACGAAUACCCGAACAGGUACUUGGUAAGGUUACUAUUGCUGUGCUCAAAGGACUCAACUAUCUAAGAGAGAAACAUCAAAUUAUGCAUAGAGAUGUCAAGCCUUCCAACAUUCUUGUAAAUUCCAGAGGAGAGAUUAAAAUAUGUGAUUUUGGUGUCAGUGGACAACUUAUCGACUCCAUGGCAAACUCUUUUGUUGGUACUCGAUCUUAUAUGUCGCCGGAGAGAUUACAAGGUACCCACUAUACCAUUCAAUCUGAUAUAUGGAGCCUUGGAUUAUCUCUUGUUGAAAUGGCUAUCGGUCGAUAUCCUGUUCCUCCUCCAGAUGUCAAAGAGCUUAAGGCAAUCUUUGGUUCUCAAUAUCAACCUGAGCCACAGGAUAACUCAAACGAUGCCAAAACCCCAGUUAGCCCCAAUUCUAAGACGCGUCCGGCUAGCUUUAGUCAAAAUUCAGCCUCAAAUUCGGGAGCCGGAGAUUGUCCACGUUUAUCUAUCUUUGAAUUAUUAGAUUACAUUGUUAAUGAACCACAACCAACAAUACCGGCGGGAAUAUUUUCCUCUGAAUUCAAAGAUUUGGUUGAUAGUUGUCUCAAAAAGAAUCCAGUAGAAAGACCUGAUCUCAAAACGUUAAUGAAUCAUCCUUAUACUAAGAAAGCUGAAAGUGAGGAUCUUGAUUUUGCCCGGUGGGUUUGCCAAGUGAUGAAAUUGGAACCAUCAACACCAACCAAAACUUCAACGGUCACAGCGGCUUCGACGACUGCCUCAACUGCGUCAGCCUCAACAGCGACUAAUGUAUAAUUGUGAUCCUACUCGAUUUAAUUGAUCUUUAUCUCUCUUUCUGUCUUCACACUUUUUAUCAUUAUCUGUCUUUGCUUAUUCUUUCAGUUUCUUAAUUAGUUACAUCCUUUUCAUCAUUCUAUCUGCGAAAAUUUUUCUCAAAACUCUUUACUCUUUCCUUUCUCUAUCUCUUUCACCGAAAAAUUUAUUCCUUUACAGCCAUAACCUUCUUGUUGACUUCAAAUAAGAUCACUUUUAUUUCA